AUAGAGUUGGUCGUGCCAUCCCUUCUAAGGAGUUAAUUGGGGAAAACGUGCACGUUUUUCCUCAAAAGUAAAUUUCUUGUUUUUGCUUGGACGGACAAACAGGGCAGCUGCAAUGUGGAUUCAAGUGCGCACAAUGGAUGGGAAGGAAACCCAUCGGGUGGAUUCCCUGUCCAAACUCACCAAGGUGGACGAGCUGCGUCUCAAAAUCAUGGAGAUCUUCAAGGUGGAGCCAGAGAGACAGAGACUCUUCUACCGGGGCAAGCAGAUGGAAGAUGGCCAUACUAUAUUUGAUUACAACGUAGGCCUAAAUGACAUAGUGCAGCUGCUUGUUAGGCAGCAGUUGCCCCCUGUUGAUGUCGUCAAGAGCAAGGACAAAGAGGCAGAGCUCUCAGACUCUGAUUCUGGCUGCGGCUCAACCCAGAGCGAGUGUGACAAGAGUUCGACUCAUGGCGAGACAGAAGGUCAGACUGCGGGAACCUCUGCACAGACAAACUCCCCAGAACUCAUCGACCCUGGAUUUGGACUUUACAAGAUCAAUGAGCUGGUGGAUGCAAGAGACUUGAACAUGGGAGCAUGGUUUGAGGCCCAGAUUGUAAACGUUACCAAGACCACAAAGACGCCCAAAGAAGAGGCUGCAGAGGCAGAGCCAGCUGAGGAUAUACUGUACCAUGUCAAAUAUGAAGACUAUCCAGAGAAUGGUGUGAUUCAGCUGCUGGCAAAGGACGUUCGGCCACGUGCUCGUACUGUGUACCAGUGGCACCAGCUGGAGCCAGGAAUGGUUGUCAUGCUUAACUACAACCCAGAUGAGCCCAAGGAACGUGGCUACUGGUAUGAUGCUGAGAUCCAGAGGAAGCGGGAGACGCGCACCCAGCGAGAGAUCUAUGCUAAGAUUAUCCUUGGCGAUGCUGGUGACUCUCUUAAUGACUGCCGCAUCAUGUUCGUCACUGAAAUCUACAAAAUUGAGGAGCCUGGCUCGUUGAGUGACGCCCCUGCUGGAUCUGAGAGUCCACUAAAAAGAUCAAAUGGACCUGAGUGCAAGCACUGUAAAGAUGAUCCCAAAAAGAACUGUCGCUGGUGUAACUGCCACAUCUGCGGCAUCAAGCAGGAUCCUGACAAACAGCUGCUGUGCGAUGAAUGCGACAUGGCCUAUCACACCUACUGUCUGAAUCCUCCACUCACCACCAUCCCUGAGGAUGAGGACUGGUAUUGCCCAGGUUGUCGUAAUGAUGUCAGUGAGGUUGUGCUGGCUGGAGAGAAGCUGAAGGAGAGCAAGAAGAAAGCUAAGAUGGCUUCUGCCAGCUCCUCGAGCCAAAGGGACUGGGGCAAGGGUAUGGCCUGUGUCGGUCGAACCAAACAGUGCACCAUUGUUCCAUCCAAUCACUACGGCCCAAUCCCUGGCAUUCCUGUCGGUUCCCUAUGGAAGUUCAGAGUCCAGGUCAGUGAAUCUGGUGUUCAUAGGCCUCACGUAGCCGGAAUUCAUGGCAGGAGCAAUGAUGGUGCCUAUUCUCUGGUCCUGGCAGGAGGCUAUGAGGAUGAUGUGGAUGAUGGUAAUGAGUUCACCUACACCGGCUCUGGUGGGCGAGAUCUGUCUGGAAACAAGAGGACUGCAGAGCAAUCAUGCGAUCAGACACUUACACACAUGAACCGGGCGCUGGCUCUCAACUGCAACGUCCCUGUCAAUGACAAAAAUGGAGCAGAAGCCAAAAACUGGAAGGCAGGCAAACCAGUUAGAGUAGUACGCAGCUGCAAGGGACGCAAGCACAGUAAAUACUGCCCUGAGGAAGGGAACAGAUACGAUGGAAUAUAUAAGGUGGUGAAGUACUGGCCAGACAAAGGAAAAUCAGGCUUCUUGGUCUGGCGGUAUCUGCUGAAGCGUGAUGAUGACGAGCCAGCACCAUGGACCAGAGAAGGCAAGGAACGUAUCAAGAAGCUGGGUCUCACCAUGCAGUAUCCUGCAGGCUAUCAGAAAGAGAAAGAGAACAAAAAUGAAGUGGAAGAGGAGGCGACACCCAGCAAGGCUAAAAGGAAGAGAAAAUCUCAGGGCAGCGAAUCCUCAAAGACCUCACCAGCCAAAACUAAGAAAGUCAAGGUAGAGAUGUACAAGCUGUCCCAGGAGCAAAAGGCACUCAUCAAAAAUGACAAGCUAAACAAGAAGCUGUGGGAUGAAGCCAUGGAGUCACUGUCACUUGGACCGAAAUUCUUGAACAAAGUUGAAGAAGUUUUCCUCUGCAUUUGCUGCCAAGAAGUGGUCUAUCAGCCCAUCACCACAGAGUGCCAACACAAUGUCUGCAGGGAAUGCCUUCAGCGGUCCUUCAAAGCAGAGGUGUACACCUGCCCGGCCUGCAGGCACGACCUGGGCAAGAACUACUCCAUGUCGGUCAACAAAUCCCUGCAAGACAUUCUAAAUCAGUUUUUCCCAGGGUACAGCAACGGGCGAUGAUCAUUGGUGCUACUUAUUCAGCCCUCGAGGAAAUGAGACGUAAACUGUAAGGGCCGUUUUCAGUAGAGGCAAUAAAGAAUCAGUUUCUUUUAAUAUAUUCUAUGAUUAUAAAACUGCAAUAUUUGUGGACUUCAAUAAUAUCAUUUUCACCUUGGAUCUGCAAUGAUGUGGUGUUAAAAGAUAAAUUUAAAAAUCCCUUUAACUGGCUGUACCGUUACUCCAUUAAUACCUUCAACCUCGACUUUUUUUUCUUUUUUUUAAAUUCCAAGUGCUUCAGUCUAUUUCAUUAACUAAUGCUAAUGUUAUCCAUGAUGUAAAUUGUAUCAUUUUAAACUAAAUAUCUCUGUGUUUAGCUCUUUUAAAAGAGGAUGUUAAGUGGUUAAGCCGUUCUGCCCAACUUGUUUGAAGUUGUUUUUUUUUUUUUUUUUUUGGUUUUUGUUUUGUAAUUAUUCGAGGAUUUUAUUAUCAUCCAGUCUGUUCUGCUUUGCUGUGAGGUCGGCCCUCAUUUUGGUGCAAUUUGUCUUAAUUCUGAUCAUGCAGUUGAGAUUUUAAAAAGUUUGUUUGUUUUUCCUGGCUUGAUUACAUGAUUAAAAUCUCACUGUUUCUCUUGGAUAUAGAUGAUAUCCAACAUUCAAGCGCAAACUGACCCAGAUCAGUUUUGUGUUCCUGCACUUGAAGAGUCUGAGGCCAAGUAGCCUAGUCAUCAGAUGUUGGAUUUUCUAGCUAUACUAGUUCCCUGAAUGUUUUGAUACAGGAAUGUUUCUAGCUGUAUAUUAAGUUUGUAAAAGUUGUUAUGAAUUUGAUAAAACAUUCAGAUGCCAAACGUGAUAGAUUACUAAAGAAAUUUUAUCCUCUGGCAUAGAUUUGGAUAUCCCUUGUUUCGAAAAGAUUCACUUUAUUAAAGUCCAAAGAAAAAGCAGUGCUUAACCAAGAGUGUAAUGUAGAACUCCCAUCUAUCAAGCUCUCUAGAUGUCCCUGCCACGUAAAUGUAUUUGUCUAGAAAAUUGUAUUUUUCUUAAAGUUUAAAAGUGUACUUUUCAUCUUUUUAUAAUCUUAUUUCUGCCAUCUAUGUAGGGGGUGUUCAGUCAGCCUUUUGUGUCUCCAGCGGUCACCUGUGUUAUCUGACCUCAUUUAAGGAAAAAAAAACAAAACAGAAAAUGCUUGAUUUACAUGUUAAGGAAAUUCCACACGCUGAUCCUGAAAUUCAGCUAAACUGAAUUUUACUGCCUUUGUCUUUUUUUUAUAAAUGCAGUUCAGUGAGUUUCAUUAGCAGUGUGUUAUUUAUCCACGUGCCAGCACUUCGGGUUUUGAUGGAGAUACAAAUAUUUGCAUAGACUGGGAAAUGUAUAUUUUCUGAAAUUGUAUAAUUUUUUUCCUUUUUUUAGUCUGUAGUUUUGAUAUGUAGUUUUAGAAUUGCACGUAUUUUGUGCAGA